AGAUUUUAGCGCCCUCUAUAAAGCGUGCAUUUCUGCCAUUUUGAAGUACGUUAGUUCGUUGGAACGUGUGUUUCUCAGUGUUUUUAUAAAAAUUUAGCAAUAAUGAAUGGCAAGGAGAGAAAGGAUAAACAGCACAUACAAGUCUUUGCACGUAUUCGGCCCUUCAAUGAUUCUGAAAAACUACACAAUGCAAAUCACUUUAUGCAAGUCAAUGGCAGAGAUAUUGUUGUCCCUCAAACUCACGGCACUCGCCGGUUUACAUUUGACAAAGUAUUUGAUAUCCACUCAAAACAAGUUAAUAUCUACAAGGAAGCUAUCAGUCCAAUCAUCCAAGAAGUACUCAAAGGAUACAAUUGUACUGUGUUUGCUUAUGGACAAACUGGCAGUGGAAAAACACACACAAUGGUUGGACCAGAACUUACGGAAAAUGCAAUGACUUUUAAUGCUGACUCUGAUGUGGGAAUUAUUCCCAGGGCUAUGGGACAUAUCUUUGACAGUCUUGGCAGGGAAAAAGAGUUGGAUUAUACCAUCAGAGUUUCAUAUCUUGAAAUUUACAAUGAAGUAUUAAAUGACUUACUUUCAACUGAUGAUAAAAGCUUGAGAAUAUAUGAAGCCAAAAACAAAAGCUCUGUACAAAUCCAUGGCCUAGAAGAAAAGACAGUUUACAGCAAAACUGAUGUUUAUGAUCUACUCAGAACUGGCUCAGAAAAACGUAAAAUUGCCGCGACUUAUAUGAAUCAACAUUCAAGUAGGAGUCAUUCUGUGUUUACUAUUACUGUGCACAUGAAAGAAACAACGCCUGAAGGUGAAGAAUUGGUUAAAACAGGCAAACUUAAUCUGGUGGAUUUGGCUGGUUCUGAGAAUAUUCAACGUUCAGGCGCGGUGGAUCAGAGAGCACGUGAAGCAGGCAAUAUUAAUCAAAGUCUCCUGACAUUAGGACGAGUUAUUAAGGCUUUAGUUGAUAAAGCUGGGCAUAUUCCCUAUCGCGAAUCCAAAUUGACACGAAUUUUACAAGAUAGUUUAGGGGGAAAGACCAAGACAACAAUUAUAGCAACUGCUUCACCAUCAAUAACUAACUUGGAAGAAACACUGAGCACUUUAGAUUAUGCAUAUCGCGCCAGAAAUAUUAUUACUAAACCUGAAGUUAAUCAACGACUAUGUAAAACUGCUAUGAUUAAAGGCUACUUGGAAGAGAUUGAUAAAUAAAAAGAUUUAACUGCAGCACGCAAAGGCGAAGGAUUUUAUCUCAAUGCCGAUAGUUAUCAAUCGUUAAUUAGAGAAAAUAUCUCAAAUAAAGAGGAAUAUUUACGGGCAGUGAAGGAAUGCGCUGAAUUCGAAAGUAGAGCAAGUGAAUUGCAAAGGCAAUGUACUGAUUUGGAAGAAGUUUAUUCUGCAACACAGCAAGAUUUAACCGAGGCGAAAAGCACGCUACAAAAAUCCAAGGUGCAUUUGAAACAGCUAUGUCGUGAUAGACAUAUUCGUCAGGAAUUGAUCGACAAGUAUUCCGAAACAGAAUCGCAGCACUUUAAAACAUCGAAAGAAAUGUCUGCAGCAUUUGAUAAUCACAUCAGAGAGCAUAAUAUUUUAUGUGACAAGUUGAAGCGAUUUUAUGAGUCAAUGCAAGAGAAUGAAAAUGCAACGGAUUGUUUUAAACAAGAACAAUCUCACAUCACGGGUACUAUUGAGGAUUACUAUGACAAAUUACAUGAAGAUUUGAUCCGCCAAUUACAAGAUACAAAAACUUCCACUUUGGAAUUUGUUCAACAACAGUCCAGUUGUAUUAACCGCGUGGAAAUUGCUUCUGCUAAUAUAGUGAGCUCAUAUAUCGAGUCCAUUCAAAGCGUUUCGGAACAAAUGAAAAUAGGACAAGCACAAAGAUUAGAUGCACUUGAACAACAAUGUAAUUUAUCCACUGACACUAUGCAAAUUAUCAAGGAGCACCUUGAAAAGGAAAAUUCUCUUAUGCACACUAGUUUGAACCAAGUUUGUUCGUAUAUUGAAACUAAUAAAACUGCGUACAAUGAGAUCUUUAAAAAUUGGCAAUGUAGCGUAAAUGAAGUGGCGAAAGAUGUAAAGCAUAAAAAUGAUGCGACUAUCGCAAAGGUGCGAAUUAUUCUUAAGGAAACAAAUGAACGUCUAGCGCAGUUAUCUGCGGAGAUGAAAGUUUUAAAGAAACCUGUCGAUGAUGCGGCGAAAGAACGACUUGAGUUGCAAAAAGCUUUUGAUGCUUUUAUGAAGAAAACUGAUCAACUGGCAAAUAAUCAUCAUGAUUUGUUAAAUAAACUUUCGGAGAAAACUAUGACUUUGAAUACGGAUGCAGAUAGUAAAUGGGCUCAGUAUGAAGAAGUUACAAAGGCGCAAGUAGCAAACACUAAAAAUAAACUUGAUGGCAUCAGUAAAGUUGGUUUGAAUGCAAUUGAAUUAACUAAUACUGCAUUUGAUCAUCUUACAAACAAUGUAUUAGAGAUUCAGAAGAAACACACAGUUGCAAAUGGCACUGCUGCAGAGAUAAUUAAUGCAAAAUCAGAACAAUUUAUUUUACAAGUUGAUGAAAGGAAAUUGGAAGCUGAAAAGUUCGAGGUUGCAGUUCAAAAGAAUCUGGAGAAUUAUGUGCAGAAAGCAUAUGAAUUGAAAUCGGAGUCCUUGAAACGUACUCAAGAAUCUCUGUCGGAUGUUACACAUUACAAUAAAACGCAAGCACACAAAAUUGCAACUGUCAUCGACACAGUGAAAAGCGGUAUUCAAGAAUGUAGCAGAAGUCUCGCCGAGUUGAGUGGCGUGGGCAAUAGUUUUAUUUCCAGUCUGCAAAUUCUCAAACCCAGCGGUGAGACACCAUCACACAAAAACCGUAUUACUUACAACAUUCCCCGAAAAGUAUCGAAAAGAGUAUUGCAAUACAAAGACUUAAAUCUUUCGUCAAUCUCGAUUCUUGAUGAGAGUAUGGAUCAAAGUAGCGGGCGUCCAUCACUUGAUUUCUUUGAUCAAAAUGACUCUGAUCUUGAGUAUCAAGGACAAUUUGUGACCACAGAAGUACAGAAAAAGGAAAAGAAACCGGCGAAGAAAUCUUUGAAUGUUACGAAUGAAAAUGUGGAACCAUCGGAUGACACAUAAAUAGCAUAAUUAGAUUAAGCCUUGUUUUAUCUCAGUAAUAUUUUAUAUAAUAUGCGACCAACUUUGAUUGCUCUUGUAGAUUUUAAUUUAUUAUACUACUUUGUUCUAUAAGUUUUUAUUCUCCUGAACAAUCAUGACAAGAAUAUAUUUAAGUAAAAGAUAAAUCUAUUUAUUGCAUCUUGUCAGAAUUGAAUAUUUAAUUCAAAAUAUUCUUAGAUAGGCAACCAAUUGUACAGCAUUGCGCGAUAUGCAUUUUUUGAAUAAAUGUUUACAGAAGAA